UCGCUUGCCGCUCAUUUUUAGCGAUAGAAUGAUCACGUGACUGAACAUAUCGCUGUCUUAACUUAUCGCUCAUGAAAACAAAAGUAGCGACAGAAUACAGUGAUUUAUUAUUAAUAUAACCUAAUAAAUAUUAAAUGCUAAAUGUGAGAGGAAAUGCUUGAUUACAAGAAAGAGAGUUGAGCAUAUCUAUUGAAAGUUAAGGCAAGAGACGAAAAAAAUUCGAAAUGUCUUACGAAGAAAAAUAUGCAGAAUGGAUUUUUGAAUGUAUAAAUAUAUUUAAAAUUUGGUAUAGAAACGUGCAGCGUCGUCAAAUAGCAACAGCUGCGUUAUGACAGUAGAAAAAAAGCAAAAAAGAAAAUACAAAGAAAACGCCACUGGGUAUUUAGCAACUGGAGAUUCAAUAACAUCAAUUUCUUUUCAUUACCUAGUUGGAAUUACAACAGUUGCCAAUAUUAUUGGUGAAACAUGUGCGACUACUUGGAAAUGUCUUCAUACAACUGUGAUUCCUCCAACAAAAACCCAAGAAAAUUGGUUAGCGAUUGCUCGAGAAUUCGAGGAUAGCUGGAAUUUCAAUCAUUGUAUUGGUGCAAUUGAUGGAAAACACGUUAAAAUCGAAUGUCAACCAAAUGUACGUUCUGCAUACUUUAACUACAAAAAUCAUCACAGUAUCGUCCUACUUGGCAUUUGUGAUGCACAAUAUUUAUUUACAUUUGUUGAUAUUGGAGCCUACGGUCGUCGAAGUAAUGGCGGUAUCUUUCGUGAUUCUAUCAUUGCUCAAAACUUCGCUAAUAAAAAGAUGAAUGUGCUUGAUGAGAAACUUUUUUCGCCAGAUGGACCACCUUUGCCAUAUGUUUUUGUUGUUGAUAAAGCUUUUUAGUUGAUUGCUUAUCUAUUAAGACCAUAUCCUGGAAAAGCCGGCUUAAGAGGGUACUGAAUAUUGACUAUAGAGACCUGUAAACCGACGUUUCUCCUAAGUCCUUUG